CGAGCUAAUCUCGGCUAGCUUGAUAUCGUUCUCGGUCCUCUGUAGCUGUGUUGACAUUUACAGUAAAGAAGUGAUUUUCGACCUCGGUUUAAUCAUUCAGUUACUCUCCACAAUGCACUGGAGAAGGGUAAGUCCCUGAACCUGUUAAAUUAGUCAAGCUCUUCCAGUUCUCUCUUUCAGUCAGUGUAUUUCUCAUCUUUGACCUAGUCCUGAGUCCAGAAAUGACCACAAAUAUUGCACUCAUGUAGGUCUGAGCUCCAUGAGUAUAAUUAUCAGAUUCAGAACAUCAGCAUAAUGAUGAAAUGCAGUGAUGAACUGUUACUAUUAGAGCUAGGACUUCAGCUCAGCUAAAACUUAGCCAGACACACCAAAAAAAAAAAGCAACCGGGCAAAGGAUUUUGCGAGGGAUUAGUGGCAGGCAGCCAGGUUGCUCUGUUGUGUAUAGUUGUCAAUGUUGAUUUUAAAAGUAACUAAGUAAAUUACAUGGGGAAAUGAAUACUUAAGUCUGAGUGAAAAAUACUGUGGCGAGUGUGUGUAACCGACUAUAACCAGUCAGUUACUCUAAUAAUAACUAAAAGUCUCUGUGUGGCUAAUAGAUGAUGCAGAGGUGAAGAGUUGAUCUAUCAGCAUUUAUUCUGGAAAACAGUCAAUGACAGGAUUAUCAACACAUGGAGACAGUGGAAAGAAUUCUGGCAUCCCCUUUCCAGACAUCCCAACUGCUUACCUUUUGAUCUUCCACGUAUGCUUUGUGAUGUUUUGUUGGACAUACUGGAAGGCUAUCUUCACUCCAGCCGCCACACCGUCGAAAAAGUUCCACCUCUCCUACAGAGACAAAGAGAGGUAUGAGAUGGAGGAGAGGCCGGAUGUUCAGAAACAGAUCUUGAUCGACAUAGCUAAGAAGCUCCCCAUCUUCACACGAGCUCAGUCAGGAGCUAUCAGGUUCUGUGAUCACUGUCAACUAAUAAAGCCAGACCGCUGUCACCACUGUUCGGUUUGUGAAACGUGUGUCCUGAAAAUGGAUCAUCACUGUCCCUGGGUGAACAACUGCGUCGGUUUCUCAAACUACAAGUUCUUCCUUCUCUUUCUGUCUUACUCCAUGCUCUACUGUGUCUUCAUUGCAUCAACUGUGUUCCAGUAUUUCCUCAAGUUCUGGGUGGGCACGCUUCCAAACGACCAUGCUAAGUUUCAUGUCCUUUUCCUUCUGUUUGUGGCGGUCAUGUUCUUUGUGAGCCUCACUUUUCUCUUCGGCUACCACUGCUGGCUGGUGGCUAAGAACAGAUCCACACUGGAGGCUUUCUCUGCACCCGUAUUCCAAAAUGGUCCUGACAGGAAUGGCUUUGAUGUUGGUUUCCGCAAAAACCUUCUGCAAGUCUUUGGGGAAGACAAAAAGCUCUGGUUUUUCCCAAUCUUUACCAGCCAAGGUAAUGGCCAGUAUUUCCCUCUGCGGUCUCUGAGCGAAUGUCAAAACCCCUUACUUUCCAGUGACAGGAGAUGGGGGAAAGAUGGAUCAGAUGAGGACAGCAUAGAUGGUGAAGUGGAGAAUGAGCCUUCAGUCAGACUGGACAUUGAAUAGUAAUUGAUUUGAGCUACAAGUCUUGAGGAGAUAUGAGCUGCUUCAGGCAUGCACUGUAAAAGUGACUAAAUACCAAAAUUGAAGGAAGACACGGCAUUCGAAAUAUUGGAGGAUUCCAGAAAAGCAUGUCGUCAGAGAGUAAAAUUGUUGGAGGAAGUGACUUUAUCUCCCCCCGCCCCCUUAUUUUACUGUAUAUGUUCGGGAGUGUUAUCAUCACAAGCACCUCCAUCCUCUUGGAGAAUGACCAAGGACCAUCAAAGACUGUUCCGAGAGGCUUAGAUUUGCUUUGUCUGCUGUGUGCAAGACAAUGACGAGCUUAAUGGCCUUGCAUCUCGUAUUCUAUUUCAUUUAAGUUCACAGAUUCAUCUUAAGGUGUUUGCUCCAUUAUCAGUGGCAGCUGGCGGCAUAGCAUUUACAAAAGCUGCAGGAAAGAACGUACAGUAUCUGCCAUUUAUUCUGUGGUCACUUUAACCAAGUUCUUCUAAUUGUCCUGCAAGCGUGAUGUCUCUCCAAGCCUUAAAUAUUCAUCAAAGACUGUAAAGGCUCUCCUGUAAAAUCACUGUGGUGUAGUGAAUCGGACUUUUUAUUUAAAUUUUCCCUUUUUUAUGAUGUAUUACAAAUGUAGGUGUUUUCAUCAGGUGUAUUUCUUUAAACACAGCUUGUAAAUAUGGUGUGUAUCAAAUGUGGCAAAGUCUGACUUGGUGUUCUCCAUUCAGAGUCCACAUAUUUUGCUUAACUCACACCUGAUUUGGCUUAUCAGACUUAUCAGGGUCAUGAACUGAAUCUAGUGAGAGCAGGAAACAAUACAGCACUGCAGACAAAUGCAGAACUAGUUACACAUGCUGCAGCUGACUUGUCAUUCUGUUCCUUGUCAUUUUUCCAAAUAAAGACAAAUAAUUUUUUACUUUAA